GGCGACGGCGGUGAUGGCUGAGGGGGCGGCGGCCGGAGACGAGGACUGGGUCCUGCCUUCUGAAGUGGAGGUGCUGGAGUCCAUCUACCUCGACGAGCUACGCGUGGCCCGGGGAGACGGCAAGUCGGCGGCCUGGGAGAUCUGCAUCACCCUCCAUCCCGCCACCGCCGAGGACCACGACUCCCAGUUUGUCUGUUUCACCCUGGUGCUGCUGGUCUCUCCGCAGUACCCCAACGAAGCCCCCGAGAUCUCCAUCCGGAACCCCCGAGGGCUGUCCGAUGAGCAGAUCCACAAGAUUUCCCAGGCGCUGAGCCACGUGGCCGAAGCCGGGCUGGGCGGCGCCGUCCUGUACGAGCUCAUCGAGAAGGGGAAGGAGAUCCUCACGCGCAACAAUGUCCCCCACGGACAGUGUGUCAUCUGCCUGUACGGCUUCCAGGAGAAAGAGGCGUUUACCAAGACGCCCUGCUACCACUACUUCCACUGCCACUGCCUGGCCCGCUACGUCCAGCACAUGGAACAGGAAAUCCGGGCCCGCCGGGAGGAGGAGGACCGCCGCCAGCAGCAGCAGCAGCAGCAACCGAGGCCGGCGGCCCCCGCCGCGGACCAGGGCCUCCGCGUGCUGUGUCCCGUGUGUCGGGAGCCGCUGUCCUACGACCUGGCCGCCCUGCAGGCCGCCCCGCCGCCCCAGCACCCCACGGAGCCGUACCGGCCGGACGCGGACAGCCUGCGGCGCCAGCGGGAACGCCAGAGGCUCUUCCAGCGGCAGCAGCGGCGAGGAGGCAUCAUCGACCCCGAGGCCGAGCGCAACCGCUACUUCAUCAGCCUCCAGCAGCCUCCUGCUCCCGCGGAGCCCGCCCCCGUCGUGGACACCCCCGAAGACCCCCGGCCGGAGGCCACCGCAGCCCCCUUAGCCGCCCCGGAGGAGGGGAGACGGGGGCCGGCCGAGACGGACGCCCGCCGGCCGGGCCGGAGGGACCCGCGGCCCCCCGGCGAGCCCCCCUCGGCGGCCGCCCCCCCGGAGGAGCCCCCCACGGACCGCAAGGCCGAGGGCCGGGAGAAGGGCCCCGCUCCCCGCCGGACCUGGGACUGCGGGCGCUGGGAGCGGGCCGGGGGCCGCGGCCCCGCCGCCGCCGCCUCCUACCCCCGCCUGCCCGCCCGGGGACGGGGGCUGCUGCGGCCCGGGCUCCGCCGGGAGCCCCCGGACCCCGGCGACGGCUCCUAGCAGGACGGCCGCGGGGCAGAAAUAAAGAGCGUUGAGACCCAGGCCUGCCCCAUCUCUGCCCCCCACCCCCCGGACCCCAAACCUGGCAGAGGGAGCUGUGGGCAUCAGGGUGGAAGCAAGGAGAGAUGGGCAGCUCGCCCUGCCUGG